CCUCAGUCAGUCAGGUGCAGACAGUUGACGUGUACGGUUUGUGAAGCGGAAAUGCGCUAAACGUUUCGAAUAACCCAAUAGAGAAAUUGAGUUGCCUGCAAAACAGAAAGAACCACAACAACAACGUCGACGACAACGACAACGACAACACACACAUCAAUGCAAACAAAUACAUAGAAAGCAAAAAGAAGAGAAAAGCAUGUACGCCGCGUAUUAUUAUUAAAAUGUGAAAUGCAAACAAAACAGCAGUAAAAUAUAAACACACACAAAACUACACACAUCUAAUAGAGGAAAAAGGAAAGCAGCAGCAACAGCAAACAAUAAUUGCAAUAACAACACGUCAAAAGUCUCGCGCGCGUGGCUCAGUGUGAGUGUGUGCCCGAGAGUAGUGUGCGAGUGUGCGUGUGUGCGAGAGUGUGUGUGACAGUGUGAGAGUGUGUGUGUGCGUGUGUGUGAGUGCUGCGUGUCACAUAUCAGCAGAAGAAAAAAAAAAAAAGAAAAAGAAGAAGGUUCAGUUGAAAAAACAGCGCAGCGCAGCAGCAGCAGCAGGCAGCAACGGAGAAAUUUUUGUUCAACAGCAGAAGGCAAAACCAACAGCGACAGCGACAGCGGCAGAGGCAGCGAUAGCAGCAACAGCGACGCCAACUGAAGAUACUUAACUCACACCUGGAGAGACACUGGGAGUCGGAGUGUUGGAACUGUAGUUCCAUCAACUAAUUGAAUAAUUGGAACAGUUUGCGCCUCGCCAUGGGCACCGGACACUACUUCUGGGCGAUCUUCUAUUUUACCAGCCUGUGUAGCGCCUCACUAGCAAAUAAUGCCAAAAUAAAUUUCCGAGAAAAGGAGAAAAAAGUCUUAGAUCAAAUUUUAGGUGCAGGCAAAUACGAUGCCAGAAUUCGACCAUCGGGAAUAAAUGGCACAGCGAAUUUAGCAACAAGAGUCAAGGUCAACAUGUUUCUACGCUCCAUUUCGAAAAUCGAUGAUUACAAAAUGGAGUACAGCGUCCAGCUGACAUUCAGAGAACAGUGGACGGAUGAGCGCCUCAAGUUCGAUGACAUACAGGGACGCUUGAAAUAUCUCACAUUGACGGAGGCUAAUCGCGUCUGGAUGCCGGAUUUGUUCUUCUCGAAUGAGAAGGAGGGACAUUUUCACAACAUCAUUAUGCCGAACGUGUAUAUACGCAUCUUUCCCAAUGGCUCCGUGCUCUACAGUAUACGAAUCUCAUUAACAUUGGCAUGUCCAAUGAAUCUCAAACUGUAUCCAUUGGAUAGACAAAUCUGCUCGCUUCGCAUGGCAAGCUAUGGCUGGACGACCAAUGAUUUAGUGUUCCUUUGGAAGGAGGGUGAUCCUGUGCAAGUGGUUAAGAACUUACACCUACCUCGCUUCACAUUGGAGAAGUUUUUGACUGAUUACUGUAACAGUAAAACCAACACGGGUGAAUACAGUUGCCUCAAAGUCGAUCUACUAUUCAAGCGAGAAUUCUCAUAUUACUUAAUACAAAUUUAUAUACCAUGCUGUAUGUUGGUCAUUGUCUCAUGGGUAUCAUUCUGGUUGGAUCAAGGCGCAGUGCCAGCUCGAGUAUCGUUAGGUGUUACCACAUUGCUAACAAUGGCCACACAAACAUCGGGCAUCAAUGCCUCACUGCCUCCAGUUUCCUAUACAAAGGCAAUUGAUGUAUGGACCGGCGUCUGUUUGACGUUUGUCUUUGGGGCACUGCUCGAAUUUGCCCUGGUGAACUAUGCCUCCCGCUCAGGUUUGAAUAAAGCUAACAUGCAUAAGGAGAAUAUGAAAAAGAAACGUCGCGAUUUGGAGCAGGCCAGUUUAGAUGCCGCUUCAGAUUUGCUCGAUACAGAUAGCAAUGCAACAUUCGCAAUGAAACCGCUGGUGCGCCAUCCCGGUGAUCCGUUGGCGCUGGAGAAGCUGCGCCAAUGUGAGGUGCAUAUGCAGCCACCGAAACGUCCAAGCUGCUGUAAGACUUGGCUCUCCAAGUUCCCCACCAGACAAUGUUCUAGAUCGAAGAGAAUCGAUGUUAUAUCACGCAUCACAUUCCCGCUGGUCUUUGCGCUCUUCAAUCUGGUCUACUGGAGCACAUAUCUCUUCAGGGAGGAGGAUGAUGAGUAAAUGCCGUUACCUAUUUACAAAUUACUUUAUAUAGAAAAUCGUUUGCACUACGAUACCAAAGAAUGUACUAACCUAUUCUCUUUCAUUUCUACUUUCAUUUACAAACUUCGUUCUUACUUUCGAAAUUGUGUUUGCAUAUCGAUUUGGUUGGCUUGAUUUUUGCGUAUGAUUUUUGAUUCGAUUCGUUUGACUACCUACCAAAAAAAAGGACCUUCUAAAGCGCGUCUCUGAUAACCAAAGGCUAUGUAGAAUCCAACAUGAAAAUAACAAUAUGCAUUAGCGCACACACACAGACACACACGCAUAUACAUACACAUGCAUACAAUCGAGUAUGUAUUUAUGUAUAUCGGUGCAGUAUACGCUUUGCUUGAUCAAAUGGGAAUACAGAUUCAAGGCGUCAAGGCAUUUCCACUAUACGAAAUUCGGUUUAAAAAGAAGACAAAAAAAAACAUAAAAAAAAAAACAAAAACAAGACAAA